GACCCGACCGGAAAACAGCCGGGCAGAGUGGAGCGGAGGCAGGCGAAGGAAAGAUGGCAGCCGCGGCAGUGGCUGAGUUUCAGAGAGCACAGUCUCUUCUUGGAACAGACCGGAAUGCCUCUAUCGAUAUCUUACAUUCAAUAGUGAAGCGGGACAUCCAGGACAGCGAUGAGGAGGCGGUUCGUGUUAAAGAGCAGAGCAUCCUGGAGCUGGGAGGGCUGCUGGCAAAGACGGGACAGGCUGCAGAGCUCGGAGGCCUGCUGAAGUAUGUACGGCCCUUCCUCAACUCCAUCUCCAAGGCCAAGGCAGCCCGGCUGGUCCGCUCCCUGCUGGACCUGUUCCUGGACAUGGAAGCCGCCACAGGUCAGGAGGUAGAGCUCUGUCUGGAAUGCAUAGAGUGGGCCAAGGCUGAGAAGAGGACAUUCCUCAGACAAGCGCUGGAGGCUCGGCUCAUCUCCCUGUAUUUCGACACAAAGUGCUAUCAGGAGGCGCUACAACUUGGCUCCCAGUUGCUACAGGAGCUCAAGAAGAUGGACGACAAAGCCUUGCUGGUGGAGGUUCAGCUGCUGGAGAGUAAGACAUACCACGCACUCAGUAACCUGCCCAAGGCCCGCGCCGCCCUCACGUCUGCCAGGACAACCGCCAACGCCAUCUACUGCCCACCCAAACUACAAGCAGCUUUAGACAUGCAGUCAGGGAUCAUUCACGCAGCAGAGGAGAAAGAUUGGAAGACAGCUUACUCCUACUUCUACGAGGCCUUCGAGGGCUACGACUCCAUUGACAGCCCUCGAGCCAUCACAGCCCUCAAAUACAUGCUGCUGUGCAAAAUCAUGCUCAAUGCGCCUGAGGAUGUCCAGGCCCUCAUCAGUGGUAAACUAGCUCUGCGGUACGCUGGCAGACAGACAGACUCACUGAAAUGUGUGGCACAAGCCAGCAAGAACCGGUCGCUCGCAGACUUUGAAAAGGCACUAACAGAGUACAAAGCAGAGCUGAGGGAUGAUCCCAUAAUCAGCACCCAUCUGACCAAGCUGUACGACAACCUGCUGGAACAGAACCUCAUCAGGGUCAUCGAGCCUUUCUCCAGGGUCCAGAUAGCACACAUUUCCUCCCUCAUCAAACUACCUAAGGGGGACGUGGAGAGGAAAUUAUCACAGAUGAUUCUGGAUAAGAAGUUUCACGGUAUUUUGGACCAAGGUGAAGGCGUGCUGAUCGUCUUUGAUGAACCGGUGGUGGACAAGACAUACGAGGCGGCACUGGAGACCAUUCAGAACAUGAGCAAAGUGGUUGACUCGCUUUACAACAAAGCCAAGAAGCUUACAUAAGAAUGAAACGAUCGGUGACGUGGGCCAGUCAGACCGCCGUCGAUCGCUCACUCAAGGCCGGGAGGGAUGAGGGGAGGAGGACGAGGAGAUUAAAAACACUCAACAACCCAGCAAGCAAACAAACCAGCUGACCGACUGAAGACAACCCAACGGAACAACAAGCUGACAGGGUGGACUCCCUCCCUCAGCCCCUCUGCUCUCCCUCCCUGCCUCCCGCCACUGUCUCUACCUUCCAAUCUGAUUGGGGUUGAUCAGACACAAAGUGCUCCUCCCUGUGGACAAAUCCAGGCACUGCGCCCCUCCUCUCCUGUCCCACCACUGGUUUCUACAGUAUGUAAAAUUGGACAAGCCUCCCUCCUCCCUUUUUUUGUUUUUCCUGUUUCUCUCUGCGCUGGCCAUCAGGGAAUCUUGUAAAAUAACAAUAAAGAAUACAUAUACAGUACUUAUACAUACAUGUAUUAUACAAAAAAAACAAACAAAAAAAAAACACAAGUUGGGUCUGUUUUCAGAGUGUAACCGGGGGAUAAAGGCGGGUAGCUCGGUCUGCCCCUCGCCGGAUUCUACCUGUUCUGUUGCGUUUGCCAAGUGGCCCUAAAACUGAAUGUUUAAAUAUUUUCUGCGGUUGUGAAAAACAAAAAAAAAUAUCCACCCGAGGAGUGAUUUUUUGAAAGUGCAGGGCGUCAGAUCGACCCCCCCUCUCUUCUCUCCUCACAUCCCCUCCAUGACCCGUCUCACCCCGAGCGCUCUCACUCGCUCGCUCACAAUGCAUUGUGGGAUUCGUGGACCAUACAGGGAAUUCUGUCCACUCGGGACCAUUCCACAAGGAGAGGGGACCACCACACCGGGGUCUCCUACAACCCCCUCUUCCUUCCACCCCCCGUCUCUGCACUCCCACUUCCUGUUUGUAUAUAACAUUGCCAAGCGCCUGUGUUCAUCCGAGGCCUGAUGUAUUCACACUGUCCCCUUUUUUUAUAAUGCGUAAGAACAGAGCAAACCUGGCCUCUGAGAGCUCGGUCGGUCACACUAAGUGCUUUUAAAGGCUCCAGAUGUGACUGGGAUAGAGACAACUCUGUGUUCUGACCUGUGAUGAGUUGAUUGUGCAGAAAAAAAGGCAGGUUUUUGCUGAAGAAAUUAAAGCUGUACAUUUCUGGGAACUAAACUUUGCAAGGACUCGAGGGUUUACCAUAUAUGACGUUGGAGAAAGACAAAUGCUAAUAAAAAAAAAAGAUUAAACCUGCAAGUUGCGUGAUUUGAA